UCGUGCGUGAUGACGUCAUCACGCACGUCCCAGGCCUCCGUCUUGCCUGGCGUGAGGCGAUUGUUUGAUGCGGGAGUUCUACGCCGAGGGAAGUUUCGUGUUGAUGUUGUUAUCUUGAUAAUUACGUUCUCUUCGAGCCAACCCUCGAAGACGCCGUCUUCUUGAGACCGCUGCGAGCUCGACAAGUGGACGGGCGUGUGGCGGGCUGCUUCGGCAAUGCACCAAACCUCACCGCGCGUCAGCGUCCAGUUUGCUGAACGCAGCGCCUUCAACAAACGGCGAGAGGGUGGACCGACACUUAAUCUCAUCUCGUUGACCGUGCUUUGAGGGGUUGCGUGUAUGCGACCUUCAAAGUCACCUAAUCGUAGAUCGGUCGACUAGCAUGGAGCAUUCCGCUGAGCAGAAGGACAGCGGCGAUCAAAAGAGCUCCGCUUCUCAAGUCCUGGGCUCAUCCGCAGCCAACGCCCUUGACCUGGAGAUGGCCAUGUGGGAUUACGAAGCGCAAUGGGACACGCCCGGUACCACGGGCUUACUGACCGAUUCCUUGAGCCGGGAGAGAAAGCGCGCAAAUACUGAAGCGGAGGUCCCGGCGGCGACGCCGUCGAAAAAACUGAAGGAUGACGCCAAUGCUAAUCAGGAUUUCUUUGUGAACCUUUGGCCGGAUGAACUGGAGUUAGACGUUUAUCCCCCAGGGAGCGAAAAAAAGCGACACUGGGCAGAAGUUAGCAGGGAUCUCUUGUCGUGCCCGAUGUGCCGAUUUCGCACGACCGAAGAGGAGGAGCUGGAGAUGCACUUGAAGAGCAAGCCACACUCCGAGUCGAUGAGGAUCGUCGAUGAGUCCUUUGGCGAGAGCCCCAUGGCCCUCCGUCUCCUCAGGGAAUUGAUGAAAGCUCGAAAUGAGAAACGUAAGCAGAGGAUGCGAUUGAGGGAGGAGGGCGCCUGGGGAAGUACAGUGGAACCGAUCGUGAAUAUUCCCUGCGACCCUGAUAAAGCACGGCUAAAAUUGGAUGACGAUAUGGAGGUUAAAGACAUGAUUCGGUGUCACGCCUGCAACACCUAUUUGAUUAACGAUUCUAAAAUCCUGAAUGAGCACAUGGCUUCGAAUACACACGUACUCCAGAAACAGAAUUACUUGGAAGAAAGAAAAGAAGUUGCCAUACACGCUGCCAAGUGCAUCCUCUCCCAGCCGAAGAAUAUCCAAUUGUUUGAGAAGUACAAAGAGGCCCUCUAUGAGAAAGAGAUGGAACAGAUGAAGAAGGAAGAGGAGGAACUCUUGCGGAAAUUUAAAGAGAGCGUCGGAGCGAGUGUCGAGUCAAGCAAGGCCCAGUCAGGCGCCGUGCAGGCAGCAGAGAGAACGCCGGAGAACCCCAAACCGGCUGGACUGGCAAGCAAGCCGGCCGGCAACACGAAGGUGGUGGCUCAGAAGGUCAAGAAGGCGAUUGCCGAAGUGGGCAGGGCUGCUGAAGAGGGCAGCGGGGUGGCAGUGGAAACCAAGAAAGCGGUUAAUGUCGCUGCCAAGACAGCCAUGGGCACACGUAAGGCUGUUGCACAAGUUAAGGCUGUUGCACAAGUUAAGGCUGUUGCACAAGUUAAGGCUGUUGCACAAGUUAAGGCUGUUGCACAAGUUAAGGCUGUUGCACAAGUUAAGGCUGUUGCGCAGGGAAAGGUUGUUGCACCAGUCAAGGCUGCUGCAACAGGAAAGGUUGUUGCAACCGGUAAGGCUGUUGCACCACCUAAGGCUGUUGCAACAGGAAAGGCUGUUGGAACAGGAAAGGCUGUUGCCCGAGUUAAGGCUGUUGGAGCAAUUCAGGCUGUUGCACCACCUAAGGCUGUUGCACCACCUAAGGCUGUUGGAGCAAUUCAGGCUGUUGCACCACCUAAGGCUGUUGUUGCACCACCUAAGGCUGUUGGAGCAAUUCAGGCUGUUGUUGCACCACCUAAGGCUGUUGUUGCACCACCUAAGGCUGUUGCACCACCUCAGUCUGUUGCACCACCUCAGGCUGUUGCACCACCUAAGGCUGUUGCACCACCUCAGCCUGUUGCACCACCUAAGGCUGUUGUUGCACCACCUCAGGCUGUUGCACCACCUAAGGCUGUGGUUGCACCACCUAAGGCUGUUGUUGCACCACCUAAGGCUGCUGUUGCACCACCUAAGGCUGCUGUUCCACCACCUAAGGCUGUUGUUGCACCGCCUCAGGCUGUUGUUGCACCGCCUCAGGCUGUUGUUGCACCGCCUAAGGCUGUUGUUGCACCACCUAAGGCUGUUGUUGCACCACCUAAGGCUGUUGCAACAGGAGAUGUAAUUGUUGCAAUGGGUAAAGCUACAGGUGUAACUGUAGCAGCAGACACGGCUGCUGGAGCAGGCAAGGCUGUUGCAACAAGAGGCAAGGCUAAUAAUAAAUCGGGAAGGGCUGUUAAAAGGAUUGGUUUGGCUGGAGAACAAAGUGGAAAUGUAGCGAAGAUAAGCGGAGCAGAAGGGCCACGUUUGGAUCAAUCUGCCGAUGGGGUUAAAGUCGCCAAUGAGGCAGCGGAGGUUACGGGCAAUACUUUGGGAAACCUUGCUCAGUCAACUGGUAAGGUCGGUACGAUGACCAACGAUGCGAUAGAAAACUCACCUGCGCCCCUUGAAGAAACUGGCAAAGUGGAUCCUGACACUGAGAAGGUGGCCGGCGUAUCUGGUGAGAAGGGUGGUGCGCCUGUCGUCGAGUGUGGCAAGGCAGUUGAAACUAGCAUCACUACUGAGGGUGCGAGUGAAGCUCUGAAAAAUGAUGUCAAAGAGAUGGGUUGUCCACUUGAAGAGAUGAGCAAAAGUGUAAAUCUGAGCAAGGCUGUGGAAACAAAUCCUAAAUAUGAAGAACCUGCAGAUUUGGUUGAAGAAAUGGACACUGGAGAAGCUGGCAAAACAUGUAAUGAAGAUGAAGAUUCUUCCAAGUUCAUUGAGGGAACAGACACGAUUGGGGAGGCCAGAGAGACAAUUGGAAAACCCAGCAGGACAAGAGAAUCGGUGGAGGCGGUUAAAGGAAGUGACGCGUCUACUGGAGACUCUGGAGAAUUUGUGGAGGCGGUAAAAGGAAUUGACGCGUCUACUGGAGACUCUGGAGAAUUGGUGGAGUCGGGGAAAGAAAGCGAUGGCUCCAGAGGAGGUGAGAGAGCGGUUGAGUCUGCCAAAGGAGAAAGCUGCACGGCUGAGCUCAGCCAGGACGUGGGGAAGGCGGAGGGGACCCUGGUGAAGUCCGUCAGGGGGAAGAGGGGCAGGGCAGCACAGGGGCGUGGGAAGAAGGGCAGGAGGAGCACUCAUCCCUCUUAAAGAGGAUCCAAUUGCAGAGCCCUAAUUUGAAUCAGAACAUAUAUUUAGACUGGAGGAAUCGGAUGAGCUUUGAAUCUCUUUUCCCCCAGAUGUCUAGUCAGGCGGGUCCGGGAUAGAGUUGUUUUGUACCACAGGACAACCAACUAGAGUAGCCACCCGUGUGUUACAAGAGAAAGCGAGAUGUAUCAUUGAAAUAAUAUUUCUAUACCAGAAAAGAGAACUCCUGUACAUGCAUUGUCUUGAGUGGUGCAUUGUUACAAAUGUAACGACACCGACACACGUUGAACUCGGAGCCCUUUAUUCGACACAGCGCCGACAUUAUGCCCGGCUUCUUGCUUGUUGGUUGAAGUUCGUCCUCUCUCCCCAACUUCCUCGCUCCUCGUGCUCUCCUCUUGUAUCCCUCUUGAGCCCCUUCUCUCAAAACGUCUCUCACUGUUUUUUUCCCGCAGCCAAUCCCCGUCCUCCUGUAACGGUUCUCAACCGUCGCCUCAACUCUCAAACCAACUCCCAACCUCCGCUUCCCGCCUUUUUCAGUUUGAACCUCUCCUCCAAUCCCUUCAAACCUUGCCUCCCGGCCAAUCAUCAUGGAGGCCUUUCUGCACCAAUAGGAGGCCGUGGCCUACUUCCUAGAAGUCUGUUUGGCUGCACAUUUGCUUGGGGUGAAUGGCUCUAGAAUUUCGGUCAUUACCACAAAGCUGACUUAUGUUGUACUUGCUGUUUAAUUACUAAAGGUAUAAACAGCAGAUGUGGUUACGGAUAAUAUAUGUUGGUGUUUAUGGAUGUGCUCUGAAUAAAUCAUUCUUAAUACAGUA